CAGUGGCGGCGUCUCGGCGGGCAUGGCGGUGUGGACGCGCGCCCGCAAGGCCGGGCUGGUGGAGGUGCUGCUGCGGGAGCGCUGGGUGCGGGCGCUGGCCGAGCUGAGCGGGGAGGCGCUGGCGCUGAGCUCCGAGCCGGAGCCGCGCAACGGGCUGCCCAACGGCGCCGCCUCGCCCGCCGCCUCCCCCGAGCGGGGCGCCGGAGCCCCCUGGCCGCCCUCCCCGCCCCCGCCGCGGGGCUCGGCGCCGGGCUCCCCCCCGGCCGGGCUGCGGCGCGUGCGGGUGGUGAAGGCGGAGGCGGGCGGGCUGGGCAUCAGCAUCAAGGGCGGGCGCGAGAACCGCAUGCCGGUGCUCAUCUCGCGCAUCUUCCCGGGGCUGGCGGCCGAGCGCUGCGGGGCGCUGCACCUGGGCGACGCCAUCCUGGCCGUCAACGGCCUGGACCUCCGCGACGCCACCCACGACCAGGCCGUGCAGGCGCUCAAGCGGGCCGGCCGGGAGGUCCUGCUGGAAGUGAAGUACAUGCGGGAGGCCACUCCGUACAUCAAGAAGCCGUCGCUGGUGUCCGACCUGCCGUGGGAGGGGGCGUUUCCGCAGUCGCCCAGCCUCAGCCUCAGCGAAGAGUCUGGCUCCCCAAAGCACCAGAGUCCCCCCCAGGACCGCAAAGUCAUCCCCUUGAAGAUGUGCUACGCUGCCAGGAACCUGAGCAUGCCGGACCUGGAGAACAGGCUGAUUGAACUACACUCGCCCGACAGCCGCAACACCCUGAUUCUUCGCUGCAAGGACACGGCCACAGCGCAUUCGUGGUUCAUGGCAAUCCACACCAACAUCAUGGCCCUCCUCCCACAGGUCCUGGCCGAGCUCAAUGCCAUGCUGGGGGCCAGCCAUGCGCCAGGCAGCAGCAGGGAGGUCAAACAGAUCGCCUGGCUGGCCGAGCAGGCCAGACUCGAUGGCGGGCGGCAGCAUUGGCGGCCGGUCCUUUUGGCCGUGACGGAGAAGGACCUGCUGCUCUUUGACUCCGUGCCCUGGACAAGGGACGCCUGGGCCUCCCCCUGCCACAGCUACCCACUGGUGGCCACCAGGCUGGUGCAUUCAGGCUGCAGGUCACCGUGCCUGGGAUCAGACCUCAGCUUUGCCACGCGGUCCGGCUCUCGCCAGGGCAUCGAGAUGCACAUUUUUCGUGUGGAGACCCACCGUGACCUCUCCACCUGGACCAGGACCCUGGUGCAAGGAUGCCAUGCCGCUGCAGAGCUCGUCAAGGAGGUCUCCGUAGGCUGCGUCUGGAACAGCCAGGAUGUUCGACUCACGAUCCACUAUGAAAACGGCUUCACCGUGUCCAGUGAGGGAGCCGGUUCUACCAGCAUCCUCCUCCGAUACUCUUUUGAGAAGCUGAAGAUGUCUGCUGACGAUGGGGUCCAAAACCUGUACUUGGACUUUGGCGGCCCGGAGGGGGAACUGGCCCUGGAGCUGCACUCUUGCCCCAAACCCCUGGUCUUCGUCCUGCACACCUUCCUAUCGGCCAAAGUGACCCGCCUGGGCCUCCUGGCCUAGCCGCAGCCACCGCAGCCGCAGCCGCCACACAUGGUUCCUGGCCUUGGGAAGCUGCCAUCUGCCAGCCUCAGUGCCUUGCCUGGACUUGGAAUGGUCCCGUCCCUCCCCUUCUGAAGGGCUCUGGGGAGGCUGCAGCCUUAAACCCUUUGCCUGGUCAGGGCAGGCCAGGCGAGAGCCGUAGAAGGAGCAAUUCUCUGGUUGGAUUGUGUGAAGCCAUCGUUCUGUUCUGCUUACCAGAUGUGCCUUUCAGUGGCGACCGGGAAGAGAAAGGAAGCUUCCUCCCAGAACAAGCAAAGCGGUGCCUUGUGUGCCCAGUUUGCCGCUGACAUGCCCGAGUCAUGCGCUGCUGCUGCUGCUGCUGCUGCUGCUGCUGCUGCUGCUGCGGGAGGGGGGUCUGGGCAAGGCUGGGGGCUACUGUUCAGUUGGCUGCCAGGUUCCAAAUCAGAAGGGCCCCCGAAGGCUCUCUUCCCCCCUCCAAUUCGAGUUUUAGUCCGAGAGCCAGUAAAAGAAGCACCUUGGAUUAAGAGAUUCUUUGCAGCAUGAGAAAAAGUCUGAUUCAGAAACCAGCGCAGGGAAAUUGAGAGCUUUCUUUGAGCCUCUCCGCCUAGCUGUGCAGAGCCCGUCCCUCUUACUACAAAGGGAGAUGCUCUUUGACCGGCUCCCUUCUUCAUUUUGGCACUGACCGUUACAGUAGAGAAGCCAAGCCUGAAUCACAAUUUUUACUAUUUUAUCUUCCUCUGCAGAACCUCCCCCAGCUUGAGUGAAUGUAUCCGCAAUUCCUAACGGGGCACUUCCAAAAAUACUUAGCAUCUGCUAAUGCAGAGUCAGUAAGGAGGCCACUCUAGCCACAAAAUAGACCCUCCUUUCCCCUCCAACCCAGAGGGACCCUGUUGUCCUCCUGCAACAAAAGGAUGUAGUCUCUUGAUACAACAGUUGAGCAAUCUCCCCAACGUCACCAGUGAAAGGCAAUGGAGGCACUCGGUGUUUCUUGCUUUCCUGAGGAAAGAAAUGAAACCUUGAGGGGUGCCCUGGUUCUUGUCUCGGGGAAGCAGAGAGCCCAGAGGAGGGAGUAGUCCGUGAGGUGCCCCCAAUUCUGGCUCCAGUGGAGGGGAUGGGAGGGAGGGAGGGGCUGCUUGCCAAAGAGGAGCCCACCUGCACCAUUCAAGGAAGGCGGGGCAGGAGGGGUGUCAGGCCUCCUCCUUGGGACUUGCAAGGAGGGCCAGGCAGAGCUCUUGCCAUGGGGGCCCAGGAGUAGCACCAGAGGUUGCGCCCUCCGUUCCUCCUGGUAUCUGCAGUCUGGAAUGGGUCUUGGGCAUCAGUUGGAAAGGGAACAGCCCUCUCCUCUGACCUUUGAGCCUCCAUCCUUUUAGAUCCCUGGGUAGGUCAGAGACCCUCUUGGCCCAGGUGGAGGAGGCAGAAGGCUUCCUGACCCCUCCUGUGAAGGAUUUGGGCCCUUGAAGCAGAAGGGGAAGGCUGGCGCUCUGGCCCUUGCCCUGGAUGUCUGGCUGCUCUGUUAGGGCUGGAAUUUGGACUUCGGAGAAACCUCAAGUAAGGAUCGUUCCUGGCCCUUCUCUGCAUUAAAAGCCAAUAUUCAAUGGUGCUGGAGUCACUUUCUGAAGAGAAUGCCUUUUUCCAGUCACCUUCAGUUGGGUGUAAGCAGCUUCCCUUCUUUCCGUCUGUCCUGAGACAGAGUGGGUGAAAGAGUUGCAGCUGAUUGUUUCCUGCUCGUGUCCACUGGCCAGGCUCCCAUUCAGGGUUGCUGCCAAGGACCCUCUUUUAUGUUUCAGAAAAGGGCCCCUGCCUGGGAGGGGUGGGUAUGAAUGUAUGGCAUUGAGAGACAAAAUCUGGCUGGCGUUAGGUUUUCAAAUGGUGCUUUUAUAUCACAGUGAUGAACUGUUAUUACCAAAUUGAGACAAACUUUUAAAAAUACAGGUGAGGAAGUGCAGCUUGACUGUCAUGUUCUCACCCUUUUUUACAUAGCACUUUUAAUGAGACAGGAGGCCGCUGCACUGAGAGUUUAGACCCCGAAUUGAUGUGGAGCAUAAAGCUGGAGUGGGGGACAAAGCUCCAUCGGUGGAGAUUUUGAGGUGGGAGGCAAGAACAGAUUUCAGGGCUUGCUUCUUGCUAAUGUUUGUUAGGCCAGGGAAUCACUUUAAUUCAAUAAUUACUGAACCAGGAUGGCGCCUCUCACCAAGCGGAUCCCUUUGUUCCAUGACGCAACAGCAAUUGGCUGCAGUUUCCCACCUUCUGUCAGAUGUAGGGGAGUUUACAGAUAGGGCAAACAACCGUUAAUGGGCCCAAAGUGCCAAAGAGGUCUUGAAAUUUUGCACAGAAAUCACUACAAGUAAGCGUCUAUGUUAAUGCUGUGCAAAGCUGUAUGGCUGUGUGGCUAUCCUGAUUGUUACAAUCUCAUGUGGAGUAUCGCAACAGAUGCCGUCACAAUCAAAUCUUAAAUGUACAACCAGCUUUAUUUUUUUAUUCUUCAUACGUGGUAUUUAUACAAUGACUUGCUUUUCCAAUGAUUUUAAAUGCAAUUCGGGGGGGGGGUCUCCAGGUUCUCAAAAGAGGUGAUAUUUGGACCAGGUCUGAUCUUCGCCAGCAGAGAAAUUCUCACCAGGCUCUGCAGAAAACCUGGGUGCUCCUGGCCCGAGUUACUCUCCACUGUAUCGCAUUGUACAUUACAAUGAAAGGUGACGAAGGGCAAAAGUGUAUAAUAAAGUAUUAUUAGUUUUA